AUGCUCCGCUUCUUCAGCCCCCGUGCGGUGGCCAGCAGGACUGCCACAGAGCGGACCUGUAUCGUCCGUCUUUAUUCCUCAGGUCAACGCCAAGGAGACCAACCUCGGCGGCUAAGAGCACUAAUCACGGGAUCACCAGGAGCGGGAAAGGGAACCCAAACGAAACGCUUAGCUCAAAAGUACGACAUCACGACAAUAUCGAGUGGGGACCUGCUGCGGAAAAGCAUUUUGGACAAGACUCCACUGGGGCUGCAGGCGCAGGAUAUCAUAGAAGUGGGCGGGCUGGUUCCCGAUGAUAUCGUUAUCAAGAUGAUAUUGGAUGAGCUGGACAAGCUGAGGGACAAGAACUGGAUGCUGGAUGGUAAAGUUGAUGGUCACGGAGACCUGAAGCAAGCACGUAUCUUGACACAAUAUGUUGCAGGAUUUCCGCGGACACUUCCGCAAGCACAGACGCUGACUACACAUUUGGAGAAGCUGAAUCAACCCCUCGACCUUGUCAUUAAUUUGGACGUGCCAGAAGAAGUCAUAAUACAGCGAAUAAUAGACCGCUGGAUACAUCCUGCCAGCGGUAGAACGUAUAAUAUGUCCUAUAACCCUCCAAAGCGAGAGGGCAUGGAUGACAUAACAGGCGAACCACUAGCGAAGAGGCCGGAUGACAAUGUGGAAACAUUCAAGGCGCGUCUCGACAGCUACUACCAAAUGACGAAGCCUCUCUUGAACUACUACAAAGAACAGGGGACGUUGCGGAGCUUUCAUGGAAAGACGUCAGAUAUCAUUUACCCGCAGAUCGUUGAAGAGCUAGACCGGUGGUUCAAGUAG